CUGCUACAAAGCUUUCCAGAUCAAGCCCAUCAUGUCUUCCACUACGAAUAGCCCUACACCUGAGGAGGUCGAGGACGUUCUUUUGUCCUGCCGAUACGGCGAUCUCGAGGAUGUUCAAGCGUUCGUCGAGAAAUUCGGAGACGAGCCUCUGAAAUCUGCUCGAGACGAUCGAGGCAACAAUGUCAUUCACAUGUGUUGCGGAAAUGGUCACACCGAGGUGCUACAAUACCUGUUGCCCCAUGUCCCAUCUUCCCUUCUCAUGGCCGUCAACGACAACAAGUCUCCUCCCUUGCACUGGGCCAUCCUGAACAACCAGGUCGAAUGCACCAAGCUCCUGGCUCAACUGCCGGAGGAACAGGGGGGCGGGUUGCCCAUGUUGGAGCAAAAGAACGGUGCUGGUCGGGACGCCUUUGACGAAUCGAUGUGGGCUGGAGAGGGUCGAGAAGAAGUCUCGGGAUGGAUCGAGGGUUACCUCGGAAAGCUCACCGGAGAUGAGGGAUACGAAGAGCCCGAGCAGUCCGCUACCGCUGAAGCCAAGUCCGAGAUCAAGGAGGAAGAGGUCGACGGCGACACGGUGGAGAAGCAGGAUAUGGAGGCGACCAUCAGCGUCAAGGAUGGAGAGGCCGUUGAAGAGGCUCGUAAGGGAGCCGAGGACCUUCGGAUAUAAUGCUCGUCUCUCUUUUUCGAUGUCAACCUGUUUACAAUCACGAUCUGGGUAUCUCCUUGUCUGUACAAUAACUUUUUCUUCUAGACAACUAUGCAAUGAUUUACA